GGAGAUAAACUUUCGGGUAAACGUUGUAACAGAUGAGGCGGCGCGUGCUCUUGCCAGUUGCGUCAACAAUAUGCUACGGCUCCUCGUCCAUAAGUGUCACUUGUCGCUUACAGGCAUGAGAUAUAUUGCAAACGCCAUCAAAGAGCUAACAUCUCCGAUCCAGGAUUGGUACCUCUACGAUAAUGAAAGCGUCGGUGACGCCGGGGCAGAACUGGUAGCAUCUUGCCUUCAUAACAUAACUGAUGAAAUCAGGAUGGAAGGUUGUGGGGUGACUCUAGUGGGGAUGGCUAAAAUAGUAGAAGCUAGAAAUGCUCUUGAACACAAACCAGAUGUUUAUUUUGGUCACAUCGAAGGAAAGGGAGAAGUGACGCUUAUUGAUUAGGACAGUUAAGGCAUUUCGAAACCGUUUCAGAUUGAUGCCUAUGCCUCUGUUAUGUUUAGUUGUUAACUUCUGUAUUUCGCGUUAACAUUGCGUAAAUCGGUUUCUUUAUAUAUGAAGACAAUAUAUAUAAGUGGGAACUGGUAAAACCAGCCUACUACAUUAAAAAUGCUAAUAAUUUAUGUAUUUUCACGUAACUGGCCUAUUAUUAGUUGUAUAAGCAUGUGUUACUUGUAAAAUUUGUUACAUGCAAUGUCAACCUAGAUAUGUGAAAGAAGUUUCCCAUAUACACAAGUGUUACGGUUAUUAUUCCCCUCCAUUUUGUUAUGUCACAUCUACAUCUAUACAUUAGCGCAUUCCAAAAUCACUCAUGCGUUUCGAAACCGCCAUUAUUCCAUUUCCCUUUGUUAACCGGAACGCUGAGUUCAAUGUAGCGAUAUUUAGUUCUGUACAGAACAGCAUUUUUCAAGCAUUAUUAAUCCAGUUUAAUCGCAUUGAUUUUGCGUGGUACCUAUGUUUGCUAUUC